UUUCAGAUGUUCAAAUAGAAUCAGAAACAAUAGAACAGAGGAACAGCAAACAAAAUGGAGUUUACCGAAUGCAAAACUACAUUUAUUCAUCUGCCCGAUAAAAGUUUUUUAUACGAUGUUUUUGUAAGUGUAUAUAAUUUCUACCAUCCUAUACAUGCCUACUUAUCAAUAUUUCUAUGCGUGUUGGGUACAAUCGCUAAUUUCUGUAACAUCGUCGUACUAACGAGACGAACAAUGCGAACGCCAGUUAAUAUGAUUUUGACAGCAAUGGCAUCUUGUGAUACAGUUGUGUUAUUUUCAAAUUUAAUAUACACAACACAUUACUCAUUUGUCGCUUUCAAGUUUUGUCAUCCGAAACAUUGGUCCUACUCUUGGGCGUUAUUUUUAAUUGCUCAUGCUCAUCUUUCAUUAGUUGCACAUUCUUCAAGUGUUUGGUUGUCAGUUAUGCUUGCACUUGUUCGAUAUGUAACACUUCGAAGUAGGGGAAAUAUGGGUGGUAUGCAAGUGACGUUAAGGCAUUCUUAUUAUGCCGUUGCUGUUACUGUAUCCCUUGUAGCAGUGCUUAAUGCACCGAAUUUUCUGAAUUACAAAAUCAAUGAACAGCCAUUGAAUGAAACGUGUACCGAUUUGGAUCCAAUGUUCUGGAAUUCGCCCGCGUAUCUUCCUGGAAUUGCAGACAUUGCAAAAGCAAACAGCUGUCUGGUCUUCCGGUUAUCUUAUUGGAUAUCCGGUAUGGUAUUCAAAGUAUUACCAUGUGCGCUUCUAUCGUUGUUUGUUUGGCUCCUUUUACGAAUUCUUCGUGAAGUGCGUGAGAAUCGUCAACGUCUUCUCAAGAACUCGCAACAUCGACCACCGAAUCAAACGACUACUCGAAACGGACAAAGACUGAGCAUUUCAGUUGCAGGCAACGAGAAAUUAGGCAGAAAUGGAAGCUUACGGGGGAGAGGAGAACGUGUCGAUCGGACAACUCAUAUGUUAUUGGCAAUUGUAGCAGUUAUGCUAGUGACUGAAUUACCUCAAGGAAUUAUGGCUGUCUUGUCUGGAAUGUGUUCUGAAGAAUUCCGAAUUUACAUUUAUAACAAUCUGGGAGACAUUCUCGAUUUGUUCUCACUUUGCGGUUCAUGUUGUUCAUUCAUCAUUUACUGCUCAAUGAGUGGACAGUUCAGAAAUGAAUUCCACCGUGUCUUUGUACCUGCAAAGGUGAGAUGUCUCCGAAUGUCAUCGCCGUCGAUUCGUCGUCCAUCCGACGCCUACAGUACCACAAAAAUGACUUUUCUAAAACCAAACGAGAAAAACGGAAAUGGAAUGAAUGGAAAUGGCACUUAUUCGGAAGAUACAAGAUGGUCGGAAUCCAGGUACGAAGAAACAGUACGGAAAUAACGAGAAUGACUGGAUGUGAUUCAAUUACUCCAUGUUCUCCAAUGCCAACAUCAUUUCCAUCAUCCCCACUUCCACCGAUUCGAAGUGGAGAAGAUGAAUCCACUGAUGAGACAUCACAUCUACUUAACAGCUCAGGACCCAACUCAACAGCCAGUGCUGAUGGAAUUCGUGGACACUUUCAAAACAUUUGAUAUCAGAAUUUUUUAAACACACAAAUUGCAACACGUGUCAGAACAAAACCAUUAGUAUUUACCAUAUUCACGGGUUUCUAUUUCAAUUUUCUGAUUACGUUGAUUUCUUCUUAAGCGUGUCCUAUUAAUGAAUCUUGUUUUUUAUUAGUAACAUACUUUUUUUUUAAAUCUUUAAACUUUUCAGAAUUGAAAAAAAAAAUAAAGUAAUUGUUCAGAAAUUA